UGUUAAUUUCGCAUGAGAGGGAUUCUAAUAUAUGAUUAUUUAUGUAACAUUAGCUUCUUACUUUUAUAAAACUUAUAUAUUACCACUAAAAUGUGCGGUGCAAAGGAUUUACUAUUUUUAAGACCGGUAUUGCCCAAUGGUAGUAUAGCUGAAUAUGUUGAUUAUCCAUGGAAAACAUCUAUCACUACUACAUGCCAUUAAAGUCUGCAUUGUGAAUUCCCUCUCAUAUCUUAAUUCUUCUAGUUAGUUUUUUUAACCCGAUAAUUUUUAUAGUGAACCCUCAAAGACUAAGAUUCCUAACUGAUAUGAUUUUAUUAGGUUCUCGGAAAAAACCCAGACUCCCGCUUUAAGAUAACAACUACAGUCCAAACUAUUCCAAACAAUCAUAGAUUGCUGAGAGUCGUAAUCCUACGAAAAAUCAGCGAUUGUUUCAAAUUUUGGAACUUAUCCUAUUAUUAUUAUUAUCUCUUCUACUUAUAACCUGAAAACUUGUAAGAUACAUACUCUAAUUUUCAACUAACAAGAAAUCUAGGGAGUUGAUCUCGCAUAUCAAUCCUGUCAUUGGAUCAUUAAUGUUCAUUUAUCAAUCAAUUUAAACAAUGUGUAGAUUCAAUGAAAACUCAAAUUCAACCAGAACCAAAUAGUCCAUCUGGAAUACGUGUACCAUCAGAUUCAGUCAAUUUACCGAAAGACAAUUUAUCAAGCCCGUUACAAAAUGGUCAAAUUCAUCCACCAAUAUCGAAUAGUAGUAGUAGUAGUAUUCCAGUUAACCAACCCACUACACCAACAAUAACACCUACAUGUUUAACGACUAAUUUUGUUACUUCACAUCAAAAUAUUUCACAAAAUUUAUCAAAUCCAUUAUCUAUACAACAUGUGAAUUCAUCAUCAUUGCCUGUAACACUAACAACACAAUCAUUAACAACAACUAAUGGACAAAAUGAAAUAUAUUCUAAUCAAUCUGUACAAAAUCAAUUGAAAUUAGCUCAAGCUCAAGUGAAACGGUUAGAAAUGGAGAUUAAUCAAUUGAAACGUCAAGCUAUGCCAGUAAUGGGUAGUUCAAUGAAUGGAUUAGUUUAUACAACAAAUUAUACUAAUAUUGAACCGGGAAUAUCAAUGGAUACCGUUGAUAGUCCUGAUCUACGAUGUGGUAUUGCACGUUUGGAAUUAGAUGGUACUAAUGGCGGUGGAAGUGCCGGUGUCAAUAGUAAUGGAGAAUGGAUUAACGAAUUGAGUAUUAGUAAUAAACCUAGACCAGUUGGUACUAUUCAUCCUUCAUUGGUACAAGGUAAUCAAAACAGACUAUUAUGGAUGGAUCGUGCAUCACAAGAUACUAUACGAUCAUUGCAUAUACGUUUAGGAAAUGUAUUGAAAGAAGCCUUAGAAAUUCAUAAUCGUUUAAGUUCUCUUCUAUCAAUUCCAUCUGUAGAGUAGGAAAUUUUGUGUUCAAUACGUUAAACUCACUGACUGACUACUUUUUCUCAGUCUUCCUGUAUACAUGACUUUUAAAAUUUAUUUCUUUAUAAUUUAGCUUAGAUUUCUUAAUGUGUUAUCAAUUUGUUGUUUUUUCUUCUUCUAACAUUAAUGUUUCUUCUCUAAGAUGAUGAAAUCCCCCCCCUAACAAUAAUACAAACAUCUUCAUUUUAUUCUUUUUAAUAAUAACGGAUACUGCUAGAUGCCUGUCAGUAUUUUAAUCAUCAUCUAUGCUGUUGUACAGUUCAUGUAAUUUACUUUAAUUUGCUAUACUGGUGAAAUGUAAAUUCUUUUUCAAUUUUCUACAUAAGACAAAAUUAACUCGUAAAAUAAACAAGUAUUAUCACUACUAUUCAUUCGUAAAUAAUAAUGACAAGGUCAUAUCUAUUUAUUCUAAUGCAUGAUGUUUGUUUUAUUUCUCUUAAUUGAUGUUUCUUAUUCCCUGCGAAUUUCCUCUCCUUUCUUUUCUAUCUUUUAUAAUAUAAUUCCAAGAUUAAUUUUAUAAAUACUCCUUAAUAUGGUGGUAUUACUUUAGAUACAAUGAUUCGUCUUUAAUGUCAAUGAAUUACUUAAAUAGAUUAAAUUUGAUUCAUUUCUCGUAGUGAAAUAUCUGCAAGAUAUUUCUUAUGUACUUCGUGUAUCAAUCGAUCUGACAACUGUUAUUACAGUUAUUACGAGCGGUUCAUAAUUUUCCAGAGGACGGUAAUAUAAAGUGCUAACUAGUUUAUUUUCGUAUAGCAUAUUUCAAACAAUCACCAAGCACAUGAUGGGAGACAAUGAGGAAGCAAAUAAUUUAAUGGAAAUUAUGAAGUAGAUAAAAACAGACAUGUGGUUUAAGCAACUAUCAUUUAGGCGAGUAAGGGUAGCUGUAUUCGUGGGCAUCGGAAUAUAAGGGUACAGGUAUAAGCAGAUUCUUACUGACAUAAAUGAUGGUGUGUUGAAUUAAUUAUUCGGAGAGCUUAGUUUAUUACUGUCCUCCAAGCAUUGCA